AUGUGUCAUUAUUGUCAUAUUUUAAAACAUAAUCCUACAGCUCCGCCUCAUCCAGGUGUUCGUUGUCUUGAUCGUGCAAAUAUUUAUUCACAAGUUCCUCUAGCUGAACGAAUAUACGAGAAAGGACAAUCAAUUUUUCCUAUUCCAUCUGCUCCUCCAGCUGAAGUGCAACGUGCUAUAAUCACGAGUGAAUUUGGUGAAACAGUAACAAUUAUUAAACGUGAAAGUAAUGACGAUUGUCUUGGUGUUGAUGAUGGUGUUGAAAGAAUUUCAACGACAAUGGCUCUAGGUAAUAAUUCAACAACUAAUAAUACAUUUGGAAAUAAUAAUGAACUACUAGAUUGUGUUGUUUGUGGUGAUCGAGCUACUGGUAAACACUAUGGAGCUAUAUCCUGUGAUGGUUGUAAAGGAUUCUUUCGACGGAGUGUUCGCAAAAAUCCAGUUUAUGAAUGUCGACAUCAAAAUAAUUGUACAAUUGACAAAGAUAAACGCAAUCAAUGUCGUCAUUGUCGAUGGAAAAAAUGUAUUAGAAUGGGCAUGAAAAAAGAUGCUGUACAAAAAGAAAGAGAUCGUCUUGGAAGACAACGCUCGAAUAAUCAUACUUAUAGAAUGACAGCAAUAAAAUCUAUUGGACGUAUUGAUCAUGAUUUUGAUGAAGAUGAUGAUGAUCUUAGUAUUAUGGCACUUUUAAGAGCUGAACAAACAGCUAAAGAAUAUAUCGGUCGACAAAUUAAACUUGAUAGACAUCCAUCGAAUACAGAACGUGUUCAAGCUACUUUAGAAACAAUUGGUAUAUCAAUGAAUUAUCAACUUCGUAGUUUUAUUGAAUGGGCAAAAGAUUUAAAAGGUUUCAUUGAUUUAUCUGAUAAUGAUAAAAUCGCUCUUUUACGUGGUCAUACUGGUGAAAAUCUUGUUCUAGGUGUUGCUUGUCGUUCAUUAAAUUGUGAUGAUUAUUUACUGCUCGGUAAUCAUUAUGUUAUACCACGAAUAACAGCUGAUCCUGGUUUAACACGUGCAGCUGGUAGAAUUCUUGAUGAAAUUGUUAAACCAUUAAAAGAAAUGCAAUUAGAUGAAAAAGAAUAUGCGUGCUUAAAAGCAAUUGUAUUCUUUGAUAAUGAUAAUAAAUCUUUAUCAGAUCCAAUGCGUGUAAAAGAAUUACGUAAACGUAUACAAGUUAAUCUCGAAACUUAUAUAAAUCAACAAAAACCAUUAAUGCGUGGACGUUUUGGAGAAUUAUUAUUAUUAUUACCACCUUUACAAAAUAUAGCUCGUUUAAUGGUUGAUCUUGUUGCACGUUAUAAUCAAGAUACGAAACAAGUCGAUGAUCUUAUUAACGAAAUGCUUUUAAAUAGAUAUCGUGACGAUUGUCAAGAUUCGAUGAUAUCCACUACAACUAAUACAAUACAUAUGAUUACUACUAAUACAUCAUCGCCAAGUAAUUCAAUUUCCAAAGAAAACGAUCUUGAUUCUAAUGGUUCUUCACUUGAUACCGAUAUGGAAGAUAAUACAUCACAGUCUCAAGAUAGUAAUCAAUAUCCGGAUCCUUCUUUAGCUACACCUGUACCAAAUUCCGUUAUGAUUCUUUCACGAACAGUUAACCAUGAUAUUCACAAUGUUUCACUUACUGAACAUGAUGAUUAUUUAUCAAAUGAUCUAUCCCAUAUUCAUCUUCUUCAUUCAAAUUCUAUAGCUGAUCCGAAUUUAAAUCAUCAUAAUGCAACGUCAGUUGCACAUACAAUAACUAAUGAUCUACAUGAUUAUCAUCAUGGACAAAUUCUACAAUAUUUUAACGAUACAUCAAAUGAUCGAUUAAGAUUUAUAAAACGUUCAAAAGCAAUAAUGACACCUUCAUCAACAACAAAUAUACCAACAAAUGAUCCCAAUGGUGAUAUUAGCUUCUUAUGUGAUCUCAAUACACCACCAACAGUUAAUCGACAAUCAAAUCAUACGAAUAACUAUUAUGAUACUGAUUGGCAUGGACGAAUAUUAUUACCGACUACAAUAACAUCCCAUGUAGUUGAUAAUGUUAAACAGGAAUAUGAACAACAUAAUAUUCUACGAUGA